AUGACUAUAGGGGUAAAGAGCAAGGUUUGUCUCCUGGGUGGAGUGGCCCUGUCUUUGGCCGGAUACAUAUUCCUUAACACACAAGGAGUAUGGGCAUUUAUUGUCGCUACAGUGCUUGGAAUAUGCGGUGUGGGAUGCUUGGAUAUUCUGCGAUUGGAUGUUGGAGAAAGUCUUACCCUUCGUUCAGUUCUUGGCCUAUACAUGCUACAUAGAAUCUUUGGAAUUCUGGGUCUAUGGGCAUACAGGUCUAUGCUGAAGACUGACCCUAAACAGGCACAGGACAAACUCCUCAUGAAGCUUAUCAAUACAAACAAGAAUACCAAAUAUGGAAUUGAUCAUAACUUCUCUAUGAUCAAAUCUCCAGAGGAUUUCAUUGAGCAACAUCCAGUCACUAAAUAUGAUCAUUAUGAGGAAUAUUUUGAUAGAGUAAUUGCAGGGGAGACAGAUGUUAUAGUUGCCAAUUCUACACCAACCUACAUCGUACUUACUUCAGGUACUACUGGACAUAAUAAAAAAUAUCCAGUCUCCAAUUCCGGUGCUAACAAAAUUGGAGGCUUGGAAAUCUUCAAAACCUUUUUGGCAGCAAACUACAUCUUACGAAAAACCCUUUCUCCCGAGUUGAAACUGUUAAAGACGUUAGAUGUGAAUGUGAUUCAAGACCCGAUAUACACAGACAAAGGAAUCCCUAUGGGUGGGUUAGCAGGGCGAUUUAAAAUGUCAACGCCAGGCACAGCUGCCCCUCGAAUGGUACUUGAUGUUUCAACCCAAGAUGAGGCUCUUUACUUGUAUGCCCUUUACGGAAUGAAGGAAAGAAAACUAAACCAUAUCAUGAUUCCAUUAGCUUCAGUUGGUCUUAAAUUCUUCGAACUAAUAGAGUCCAAGUGGCAACACUUAUGUGAUGACAUAGAAAUGGGAACAAUAUGGAAAGAUUUGGACAUUGAUUCGAAAAUCCGGGAAGAACUGGAAAAACAGUUGAAAGGAGACAAGAUUAGAGCAAAUGAACUGCGAAAGGAAUUCAACAAAGGGAUUGAAGGUAUUGGUCCAAGAAUAUGGCAACAUUUGCCAAUGAUCAUGAUGAUAUCCACAGGGUCGUUUAAGAUAUAUGGAGAUAUAGUGAAAGAACGCUACAUUGGAGAGCAGAUCCCUAUUGUAUCACAUGCCCACGCAGCCUCUGAGGGUAUAAUGGCCCAAUGAACAUGCGUGACAUAUACGGGAUUCGCGUGACAAAUCCGAACAAAUUGCGUUCGUUUUUUUCCGACGUUCGUAUUUUUACCGUAUCAUAAACAUAUUUUGAAAAAAAUUUUACAGAAACAUAUUUGCGUGACAAUUACCAGGUAAAAUGCGUAUUUGCGUGACAUUUUGUGUCACGCAAAAAAAACUGGCGUGACUUCAAAUUCUUCAGCAAAUGCGUGACAAAUACGCAAAUUGCGGGACAGUUGACAGGCCUGAAAACAUGACGCCAGGGCAAAGUUAUUCACAGUUCACCUUGAAUUCUGGAAUGUUCUAUGAGUUUCUACCUGUGGAUGAUGAAAAUGCAAAACCUCUGAGAGUCCAUCAA